AUGAGAAGACGACUUGGGAGCUCCCCAAGCGCCAAGCCACCGUCUGUAGACGACCGUCAACAACAGACAUGCGAGACUCAGCUGGGGAGCGGAAUAGAGUUCCAUAAACCGUCCAGCUUCACCCUAUGGCGACUGCUGCUCACGGAGUUGAAUAUAUACAAAGACGACCAGACAGACAAGACAAAAACGCCCGAUGGAGAGGACGCGGCCGUGAACUCGGAACUGCUUUUGAACUUCGUAAAGCUGCCUGUGUUUCUGGAAAACUUCAUGUGUUUCGGACUGAUCUACUGCGUGAUUGUGUUCCUCAAACAGAUAACUGUGGUACCCCUGCGAUUUGCGCUCCAUGCGUACCAUUUGGCCAGAUCGUGCUUCACAAACAAAAACAGCCUGACGCUGCGUUCGGACCGGACGAAAAACGAUUUUGUCUCCAUGGUGCUUAUCCUGUCCAGUCUGGUGCUCCUACGCAAUUUGGACUCCAGCAAGAUGUACCACAACAUCCGCGCCGGAACGGCAGUCAAGCUCUACUUCAUGGUGGGCGUUCUGGAAAUUGCCGACAAGCUACUGAGUGCAAUUGGCCAAGACAUCAUCAAGGUGGUGUACUUCAUACCUAUCGCCACGUCCCGAAAUACGCUCUCCAAGUUCCUUGUGGUGAGUGCAGUGAGUAUCUGCUAUUUGACCCUACACUCCUACGUUUUGGCGUACCAGGUGAUGGCCCUCAACGUCGCCAUCAACUCCUACUCCAAUGCCCUUCUCACGCUAAUUCUGUCCAACCAGUUUGCUGAGCUGAAAAGCUCCGUUUUCAAGAGAUCCGAAAGAGAAGGUCUGUUCCAGGUCUCGUGCGCAGACCUGAACGAAAGAUUCCAGAUGCUGGUGAUGCUAUUUAUUAUCUCCUCACGGAACCUGUACCAGCUUUACGCAAACACGUCGGCCACCGCACUAUUCGAUAACCUGAGACCAAACUCCUGGUACAGCCACGUGACGUUCUCUACCACCCUCAACAACUGGAUCGGCCUGCUGAUGGGCCCAAUGUUCACCGUGAUUGGCUCAGAACUGCUCGUGGACUGGCUCAAGCACGCCUACAUCACCAAGUUCAACAGGAUAAAGCCUGCCAUCUACAACAAGUAUACCAGAGUGUUUGCGAGCGACUACGUUGGCAGCUUCCGGUCCAACCUGACAGCGUUGGACGAGUAUCCUGAAGUGCUGAUCAGGAGAACCGGACUGCCUGUGUUCACCCUCGCGAUCGUGUUCAUCAAGAUGUGCGUGUAUCCGUGGAUGAAACGAUUCAUAUACAACGAGACCACCGAGUCAUUCAGCAUUACGGGCCUGCUCUUGUCCAUCCUUAUUUUUUCCCUGCUCACAGUCGUUCGUCUGGUCCUAUCGCUCGGCCUACUCCGCUGGUCUAACCGUAUACUUCGUGCGAAGCCUGCAAAACAGGAUUUCGUGAAAGGCGACCCAAACGUAACAUUAACAGACGUCAGGGGCCAACGGACCCAGCUGUACGACUCCCAUGAAAAGGUGCCGCCCUCGCUCGAAGAAUUGAGGUCGACUAAAAAAGAGCGGCUCGAUUCCGUUGUCAGAUUCGAAAUGGUUGAUAAGAGAAUUUGGUGA